GUGACCACAAACUCAAGACAAGACAAUUGGUCACAUCCGUUGGUCAUCACUGUCUGCGGGCCAAUACAUGGCAUGUGUUUGUGUGCUAUCACUCGAUGGCUGACCGCAGGACCAGUGGAUGUGAGUGGAGAUCAUUGGCCACAGUCUACGACCCCAUAAGAGUGGGCAGUAUUGAUGGCACCGACUCUUCGCCGCACGACAGGGCUUUGAUCCGUGCCAUCCAUUCCAAACAUAUGAUCGACAGAUCCAUCAAAAGUGAUCCCAAGAAGACACUCUUUGUCUCCCGACUUGACUUCAAUACUACCGAAGAGACCAUUCAUAAGCACUUUUCAAAGUACGGAUCGAUAGUAAGCCUGCGUUUAGUGCGGGAUAUCGUGACCGGACUCUCGAAAGGAUACGCUUUCGUCGAAUUCAAGCGCUCGAAGACUGUC